ACCCAAUAACUUUGACUAGACUUGCGCCUGUUAGAGGCAAUUUAGACAAGACGCAGGAGUAACUGAGUACGUGGUUGAGAGGGUCUUGCUACUGGUACACCGGCACACGCGUCCUAUUCUACUGUGCUAUUGACGCGUGCUGGGAGCUUCAAGAUCCUAAGGGCGAGGAGUGACUAGCGCGUGUGUGCGGCGUGGCGUCUCCCGCUGGCCACCCGCCUCACACAGCUUCCCCAGUUCAGUCCACUCCCCAGUGUUCCCCUGGCAGUCACUGCGAUGGGUGUAUCGCGUUUUCUCUCCGCCGUGCGUCUCCCCGUCCUGCCUCGCUUGGCCCAAUCAAAGCCCCCUCCCCACGUCCUGCCUCGGGUGCUGCGUCCCCUCGCCUCCUCCAGGAACUACUGCUCUGGGGUGGUCAGGUCUCCCUUUGACGAUAUCGAGAUCCCUGAAGUGAGCCUCUCGCAAUAUGUAUUCGAGGCCCAGGAACCUUACGCGGGCAAACCUGCUAUGGUGGAUGGCAUCAGCGGCAUCUCGUACACCCACGGGGAGUUCCGGGACCAGUGUCACCGUCUGGGUAGCGCUCUCACCCGCCUGGACGUGACCAAGGGGGACGUGGUGGGCCUCGUCUCGCCUAACUGCCCGGAGUUUCCCAUCGCCUUCUUCGCCGUGGCUUCCAUAGGCGCCAUCACCACCACCGUCAGCAGUGCCUACCUCGCAGAUGGAAUAGCCACGCAGCUAAACAGCAGCAGCGCGUCGGUGGUGGUGGCACACAAGGGGGUGUUGGGCGCUGUGAUGGAGGCGUGCAAGCAGUGCCCGAAGGUGCGGCACGUCAUUGUUAUCUACCCCACGCCCGAUGAUGAGAAGGCGGGACUGCUCUCCUUCCACAAACUUCUGAAAGAUGAUGGCAAGGCGUUCCCACACUCAGUCAAGAUCAACCCCAAGGAGGAUGUGGCGGUGUUGCCUUACUCCUCUGGCACCACUGGGCUGCCAAAGGGUGUCAUGCUCACCCAUUACAACCUGGUUGCCAACUUGAAUCAAUUACAGCACAAGGACAUCAGCACCCUGAGGGACAACCGAGGUGAGCAUCAAGAAGUGUUCAUGGGAAUACUGCCGUACUUCCACAUCUAUGGCAUGAUGCCCUGCAUGGGGAUUUCUCUGGUGACUGGAUCCAAGACUGUCACUCUGCCAUUCCUUAAACCAGAGUUGUAUGUUAAAACCUUGGAAGAGUACAAGAUCACCUACCUCCACACAGUGCCUCCUAUACUUGACUUUCUGGCUAACAGUGACCUGGUGAAACCUGAACACCUCAACCCUACCCACACUGUGCUGUGUGGCGCUGCUCCUAUCGGCCCCACCCUCAUCAAUGAACUGCUGAAGAAAUUUGGUGCUGGGAUUUAUUUCCAAGAAGGUUUUGGCAUGACUGAGACCUCACCAGUGACACAUGUCACUCCCAGAACCAAGUUUGUCUUGGGCUCCACAGGGGUAGCCAUCCCCAACACCCUGACCAAGAUUGUUGAUCUCACCACCGGCAAGACUUUACCACCCAAUGGAGGGGAGGGGGAGCUGUGUGUGAAGGGCCCACAGGUCAUGAAGGGAUACUACAAGAAUGAGGAGGCCACCAAGGCAACCAUAGACCCAGAUGGCUGGCUGCAUACCGGGGACAUUGCCAAGAUGGAUGGGGACAAGAAUGUGUUCAUUGUGGACCGCCUCAAAGAACUCAUCAAAGUGAAGGGCCUGCAGGUUGCCCCAGCUGAGCUGGAAGACUUGAUCCGCCAGCUGCCUGAUGUGGCUGAUGUCGGGGUGGUGGGGAUGCCAGUGGGUCAUGCACAUGGAGAGGCACCGAGAGCUUUUGUGGUGCUAACACCAGGCAGUCAGCUUUCCCUCAAGACCAUUGAGAAUUUUGUGGAGUGCAAGGUUGCUCCACACAAGAAGCUGUCAGGAGGCCUGGAGUAUGUGGAAGCCAUUCCCAGGUCUCCCACUGGAAAAAUCUUGAGAAGAGAGCUGAAGGCAAUGGCACUCUCCAAAAUGACUCAAUGAGUGCCUGGUCUGUCACUGGGACACUGCAAGGGUUCCUCAUCUUUGCCGCACAAUGCAAUUACCUUGUAAUUUUAACUUUAAAGCCUUACACACUUGGUAUUCAAGCACAGCUGACUACAGCCAAAUUUCACCUAAUACUUGAACUUUCAGUAUGUUUGUUGCCUUAAGUUGACAUAAGGCAGUGGGCCUGAUGCAAAUCUAUUAGGCAAGGUCCUGCAUCACUGAGGGUGUUGGUGUUGGUGCUGGUGUAGUGUGCACCACACUCCAUCUGGUGUGGAAACCUCUGCCAUUUACAGUAGUAAGUAUCAGUCCUAAGGCAAGGAACAACAACUACUAAUGCACAUCAGAGCAUUGAAAUAAUCCUGUGUGCAAUGUGGAACUAGAUCUUUGAUAGAACUGCUCCCAGCACUGGGGGAGAUGCAGCCCAGCAGUGCAUCACAGGCCGGCUCAGCACAUGCUAGUGGUGGUGCUGCUAUAUGUGCCAUUGUUCACAAAGUUAUAAGGAGGAGCUCUUUACUGAAGAUCUGCAUCACAAACAUCAUGCUCAUCAGCUCACAGAUCCAGACACAUGACCAGUUAUAAGACAUUAGAUUUGCUGUACAACAAUUGUUUCUUACAGAAGUUUCUCAGCUGCUUCACUUUUGGAUGAUAUUGAUUUAUCAACUGCUGAAAACAUGGUUACUCUUUUCCAUUUCUCAAAUUAUAUUUGUAAAUAGUAUUAAAUCAUCACAAACACUGUUAGGUAAAGAAAUUAGGUGUAAUAUUUUUAUAUUCCAAGCAAUUCCAUCCCCACAAGGGAUGAAGAAGCUAAUGGUGAGAUUUGUGAAUUCCAAAUACUUGUGUGAAGAGUGAGUGGCUCAUAUCAUUAGUGGCUACACUGCACUCACUUUCCUGUCCAAGCUCAUCUCCCCACACUGCCAUACAAAAGGAAGAACAUCAGUGACGGUGAUUACAUGAAUAGUGCACAAGAUGCACUAAAAUUUCACAUUCCAUGAUUUAUCCAUAUGUACCACAGCAACAUUGCUGCAAAAUGCAAAAAUUAAAUGUUGGAUAGGAAUGCAUGAGAUGUGUAAUGUGACUGCAGUACCAUUUCACUCAUCCAUGAAAUUGUAAGCUUACAUUAAGCCAUGUUUCCCUAUUUCUAUUAUAAUGAGACCUAUGUCACCAUCAAAUGAAAUUUAGUAGAUUCCAGGCAACACCUCGCCAGAUCUAAUCCUGGCAAUGCUUCAGAGAUUGAGGCUGCACUGCUACACAAAAGCUGCACCAGUAAAGACAAAUAGGUACACCACCACCUAUACAAUGCCUUUAUGAGAGCUAUACUGAACACAAGCAUCAUGACCCCUUUGGAGUGUCAAAAAUACUGGGAAAAUUACUUGAGGGCAGGAUGAAUUCUUAGUCAUGAGACACUCUGGCUGGGAAGUGAACCCCCUGACAAGGCAGUAAAUGUAGAGUACAAUGCCAUAGGUGACUGUCAUGCCCCUAGGUAAUUUUGGAGACAUUGACACCUACACUCACAAAAUCAGUAAAACCAAGGCAGUGAAGGAGGGUAAUAUUCACAAACUAAAGCAGACAAAGGUGAGAAGAGGAGAUAAGAAGGAUGUGUAGUGUGGCAUGGAAUAACUCACACAUAUACAAGAGUCAAGGUGCAGAAGGAAAAACCUCAAUAGAAGUGAUGGGCAGAAGCUUUGAAAAUGUAAUUAUGUGAUUGAUGCUAUACAAGAUUAGGUGGAAUAGUGAGCUGAAGUAGGGAAUAAGAAGGAAUGAGGUGCAUGAGGAGAAAGAGGAGCCUGCAUAAACAAACAAGAGCACAAAGGUUAAUAGAAGCGAUGAACUAUAAUGAACUGUAUUUUGUGUAUCAAUGUGAAAUGUAGCUACUUUGAAUUCUGUAUUACUGUAUGUAUAUCAUAAAUUUACAUUAAUCUAAGAACAUUUUAUAUUUUGUUAAUUUUGUAGUGAUUGUGGUAACUAAUUUUUAGGCAAGGCUCAAAACAAAACUGGUAAAAACUGUAAAAAUUACUAGUUUACAUAAUCAAAACACGAUUGAUGAAAAAAAAAAAAGUGAAAAUGACAAGCAAAUUACAAAAGUACUGGUAAUGACCAAGUGAAGGUGAGCAGCAAUCCAUACAAACACACACACACACACACACACACACACACACACACACACACACACACACACACACACACACACACACACACACACACACACUGCAGUAUUUGUCCAUCCAUUCCUGGUGCAUCACUGUUGUGUCCUGGGUGUGGCCCUCACCAGCAACCACCAUUUAGAUAGUAUAGCCAAGACUUUGAUACCAAAUGCAAUGCAACAAAUGCAAUAGACCUAAGUUAUCUGCCUAAACAGAAAUAAAGAGGUAUAUUCAAA